GUUGGUGAUGUGGAACCUUUUCUGUCGGUUGUUCUCUGACGAGAACCGUUCUUCUGUUCCCACUUUACCUUGCGUCACUUCCGCUACGCAGCCUUCUGCGAGAGUUUUGUCCAAGAUGGCGUCGGCGCUGCUAACGGACGAUGAGCUUUUCUCCGAACUGAAGCGGUUGGGUUUCUCUCCGGGCCCGGUCACAGAAAAAACUCGGCCUGUCUAUCUGAAGAAACUCAAGAAGCUUCGCGACGAACAACAACAGCGGGAUAUUAUACCGGGAAAACCCCGAAGUAGAGGGGGCAUCAACAACACCACUGGCGGCGGCAGCAACACGGCGGGAUCCAGGCCAACCAGCCAUGACGUCACGCACCUGAGUUCCAGCAGGAGACCGGGCCGGAAGUCCGCCGUCCUCGGCUUCAGCUCGGACGAGUCGGACGCCGAACCUCCACAGAAGGGAAAAGGCUCACCGGUGGUCAGUAGAACGGACCGGCGCUCCAGUUAUCAACUCAAGAUAAGGCCUGCUGUAACGCAGUCUGUGGUCAGCGGCAGUCAGCGUGGCGCCGUGGGAAGCAACAAUUCGUCCCCGUGCCCGGACGGUCCAAGACGAGUCUCGCUUGGUUGGGGAGUUCGUGGCAAGUCGACUCUCGAGGCCGAGGAAGACGAGUCGGGGGGCGAGGAUGGGUUCGAGAAGGAAAAGACAUCACGGUCUUUAAACGGUAGUAGGGCGUCUCACUUGAAUGCUAGCGAGCUAGCUGGCAGUUACUCAGACUCGGACGAAGACGAGGUCGGACGCCUGGGCGUUGGAGACAAGCGGCAGGAAAGGUUCGAGUCCAGGCGGACUUCUUUUUCACCACACGGUGCCGUCCGAGGGGCUCGAACAGAAGGAGCCGCCGGUGGGGUCGGCACAGCCGCGAGUCAAAACAUGGUCCGAAGCAGGAGAGACGAGGAGGACGGGGACGACAAAUUAACGGGACCAGAUUUGGGCCUGUCUGGAGGCUCGGUCACGCACAACUUUGCGAGGAAGCCAAUCUACGUCUCCCUCUCCGACAACCACGGAGGAGACGGGGACAAGAACAACCACGUCCCCGGGGAGGACGGUGCUUCCAGGAGCAGGUUCAGCAUCGGCUUGAGACCCAGAUUCUCCAACUACACCAGUCUCUCUCAGACCUACCGGGUCAACAACUCCAACCACAGCGGUCCAAACCACUCUUAUAGCCCAGCACUGACAAAGAGAAGGUCGCCAGUGCGUGAGGAAGAGCUACUCCAGCAGUUCAAAAGGGAAGAGGUGGCGUCAUCUGGAAGUUUCAGUGCCCACUACCUGUCCAUGUUCCUACUCACAGCCGCAUGCUUAUUCUUCCUGCUGCUGGGCCUCAUGUAUCUGAGGAUGAGAGGUUCCGGAUCCUCUCAUAGCGAUGGAGUCAUUCGUAACCAUCCAUUUGGAGUGGAGUUUGAAGAGACAUAUGACAAGACACAAAGGGACCUGAUCCUGAACCUACUCCUCAACCUACAUGAUCACUUGGCCUAUGUUGCAGGUCAACACGACUGUGAAAGCCAGCAACAUCCAAAAAGAAGUCUGAUGAUACAUGAGGUUUCGCGCUAUCUGGAGUCGAAGAAUAAGGAGUACCUAACCGUGUUCCAUAAAGCUCUGGAGUGGGUGAGCUGGUCCAAAAAAGAUAUUGGAAUAAGGCUGCUUGGAGAGGAUGGUAGUGCUGCAUCCAUUCCAUUGUCUGAGAUCCGUGCGCUGGAGUCCACCCAUCCCAACAUGCCCUUCAUCUGCCGGCUGCGCAGAGCCUUCUUCAGCGUCAUCAUCAAAAUCCUCCUGGCUGCGGCUGUGAUAGGCUGCGUGGGCGGUGUGGUCUUCUACAUGAAAUAUCGGUGGAGACGAGAGGAGGAGGAGACCAGGCAGAUGUACGAUAUGGUGGAGAGGAUUAUCGAUGUGUUGAGAAGCCACAAUGAAGCGUGUCAAGAGAACCAGGACUUGCAGCCAUACAUGCCCAUCCCCCACGUAAGAGACUCCCUGGUCCCACCUCAGAGCAGGAAAAAGAUGUCCAGAGUUUGGGAUCGUGCGGUGACCUUCCUUUCUGCCAACGAAUCCAGGAUUCGUACUGAGACUCAGAAUGUGGAAGGAUCAGACUUCUUUGUCUGGAGGUGGAUCCAACCUCCAGUCAGCAGUGACAAGACCACACUGGGCCCAUCAAAAGUGUGGCAGGGGAAAGCUUUCCCUCUGGACCGCAGAAACUCUCCGCCCAACAGCCUGACGCCUUGUUUGAAGAUCAGGAACAUGUUUGACCCCAUCAUGGAGGUGGGAGAGAACUGGGAUCUUGUCAUCCACCAGGCCAUUCUGCAGAAGUGCAGCGACAACAAUGGGAUUGUCCACAUUGCCGUUGACAAGAAUUCCAGAGAGGGCUGUGUCUACGUCAAGUGUCUCUCUGCAGAACACUCGGGGAAAGCCUUCAAGGCCCUGCACGGCUCCUGGUUUGAUGGUAAACUAGUGACUGUGAAGUACCUGCGUCUGGACCGGUACCACCAACGCUUCCCGCAAGCUCAGAGCUGCGCCACUCCACUGAGAGCCUCCAGCCUCCAUCCAAACUCCACGUCUCACAACAACUCCUCGGUCUCCUCCUGAUAGAGGGAUUGCUAUGUGCCGCCCCGUCGUCAUGGCAACCAAGUUUGCUGCUUCUUAACACUCAACUUUUUUUUCGUCAGGGACUUUUUUUUUAGUCCCACACUUGUCAGAGAAGCUACACAUUCACUUCUCUUAUAUACAAAAUGUUCUCACAAAGCGGAGACCAGGGCAUCUCCUCCACAGGAUGAUGUCAUGGUGAUGUCAUCAGCCUGCUGUUUGGAUGCGACUUUGCGUAGAACAGUGUUGGUGUUGUUUUCCCUGGAAGAUGCCUGCUGCCCCGGAAGGCCGCAAGAGGACAGGGUGUAAAUAGAUGCAAACAAGGCACAAGCUUUAUGAAAUAAUCUGCAAUUAAACAAACCAUAAGCUCAUUUUUUGUCUUGAUACUCGCUUCUCACUGCAGAAUAGACAAACCCACUUUUUUAAACAGCCAUUCCCUUAAUUUUUGUCCAGUAUAAUCCCCAUGUUGUUGUUUACCAUUUCCCUCUGUCAUUUCUCUUCUGGAUGAGUUCAUGCAAGUACUCUAUAUUUGUAAUCCCCAAAUCCACUGGGAUUCACGCAGGAGGACUGAGGUAUUUGUCCCCCACACACAGGACAUAACUGUCAUUCUUUUAAUGCAGUGGAUUGAAAGUUGCAGUGUGAUGUUAAAAUAUUGACACAAAAAAACUGCUGCUGUGAAGCAGACAAACCCAAUCGUGCCUUAAAUUUGUGCUUUUUUUUUAAAUGUGGGGCACUGCAUUAUGGGGGAAUGUACUGGGUUUUAAGAAAUGUGGGGGAAAAAAGGUCAAGCGCCGCCUGGUAUAGAUGUAGUUUUGUUAGUCACUGUCAUAUUUUGUAGCGACUUCAGUUGAUAUAUUAAGAAACCAAAUGCUUCUCUCUAUUUAUUAUUUUUCUAAUCUCCCAUGGUGAUGUAAUAUUUAAUGUCACUGCCCGUAACAUGUUUUUCUUUUGUGUCCUCUCGUCAUCGAUCAUCAUUGCAUCCGCUUCCAGACUCUGGUCAGGAUUGUGCAAAGUAAAGUGAACACUUUUCAGAAAUAAGCCGGUUGUUAUUUGAGUGCAUCACUGGAAUCUAUUUUUGUACGGCUGCAAAGAAGCGGAUUGUAAAUGUUAACAGCUCCUCUCUGGACUUUUGUACGCUUCCUUGUGGGAUGCAUUAUUUUCCUCGGAUGUAUUUUUUAAUGUACGUACUUGUACAUGGACAUAUUUCUUAAUGUGUACAAAAUAUAUAUGCAGCUUUAUUUCCACGGCGUUGUUUGGAUUUACCAGUGUCCCUUAGCUGCUAGACAGUGGAGGGAAUUGUACAAAAUUGCAGAUUUCUAAAUAAAAGA